AUGAUAAGGAUUGUAAUAGGUGAUUUCGGACGGGAACCACAGUACUUCCCUUGCAUAGGGAAGGAAAGUUUGCAUUGCAAUAUCAAUGACAAUGGUCAGCGAUUGAUAGCGUUUGCGACAUCAAAUGGAUUGACUGUUAGUAGUACCACUUUCCCGCAUAAAAAUAUUCACAAAGCCACUUGGAGGUCACCGGAUGGAGAAACCCUGAACGAAAUCGAUCACAUUCUCAUACAGACUAGAUACCGUAGUACAAUCCACGAUGUAAGAAGCCACAGAGGUGCUGACUGUGACACGGAUCAUUACUUAGUGAUUGCCAAACUUAGAUCAAAGUUAAAAAGCCAAUCGAGAUUAAAAGACAAAAGAGCUAAAUUCAAUCUAGAGUUACUAAGAGAUGAAACCGUGAGGAAAAAAUAUGAGAGCGAAGUAAGGAAAGAGCUUAAAGAAAAUAGCGUACAAAUAGAAAUAGAUGUAGACUUGGAUUGGGAAAAAGUGAGUAAUGCUGUCAAAAAAGCAGCGGCCACUAGCAUUGGUGAGCUAAAAAGGUCAAGAAGUACUUGGUAUAAUGAUGUGUGUAGAAUUGCUGUGGACAAACGUCGCAAAGCGAGAGAUGACUUUAUUAAGAACAACACUCAAACAACUAAAGAAGCUUUCAUUCGGGAACGUAAAAUCUGCAAAAGCGACCUUCAAAGGAAAAAAAGAAAAUUCUUUAACAACAUACUUCAUACCGCAGAGAACGAUCAUACGCAGGGGAAAACUAGAAAUUUUUUUAGAGUCAUCAAACAGUAUAAACAAUUCAACCCUAUAUGGAAUUCAAUCAGAGACCAAGACGGACAAAUGUCAAUGGAGCCAGAGUCAAGAGCUGAGAGAUGGAAAGGCUAUUUUUAA